UAUUUGACAUUAAACGCGUCGGCUUUUGCACAAAAGAGAAAAUGUUUUGAAAAAUUAUAUUGAAUUUUUUUAAUCAAGUAUAAAGUUGCAAUAGUUUUUUGAAAUUUUGAAUCGUAUAAAUCUAUAUUUACUCGAUAACUCUAACUGUACUCUUAGGUAUUUAUAACUAACUGCAAAAAUGACACUUAAAGGUAAAAAAAAGAAAUCUGAAAAAGCUAACGCAAAAAUGUCACCUGCUCAGCAAGCUUAUCCUCAACAAGGAGCAGGUCAACCGUCUGGACCAGGACAGCAACAAUCCCCGCAACAGCAACAGCAAAUACCUGGGGGACCACCUCAAUCACAGCCCAUGCAGCAACCGCAAAUGCCACCAGGACCAGGUGUAAUGCAACCUCAACGUGGUCCUCCAGGUCAUCCACCCGGCCCUGGAAGAAGUGUUCCUCCUCCCCCGAGUCCGGCUCAUAUUCAAAAAAUAUUAGAUGAAAAUUGUGGUCUUAUUCAAACUAUCCAAGAUUUUCAAAAUAUGGGGAAAAUAAAUGAAUGCAUGUCAUAUCAGCAAGCGCUACAUAGAAAUUUAGUUUAUUUGGCACAAUUAGCUGAUUCGACACAAAAUAUUUCGCAAAUACUACCACCACCACACAUACUGGCACAGCAGAGUCAACUUCCGCCUCAUGCAAUGAUGGGAGGUCCACAACAGCCUCCUCCUCAACAACAACCUGGUGGACCAAAUAUUGCUCAGUCUGGUGCUCCUAAUAUGCCACCACCACAUGGUCAACCGAGUGAUUUGCAAACACAACAACAGCCUGGAGGUCCCAAUAUGCCCCCAUAUGGUCAGCAAUCUAUUAAUCAAUCUUCCCACCCAAAUAUGGGACCAAAUGCGCCUCCACAAACCCAAAAUCCGCAGCAAACAGCUCAACAACCUCCCCAACAGGCUCCUUCAAGCCAAGCGCCACAAUCGCAAUCAAACCAACUUCCACCUCCACAAGGAGGAGGUCAACAACAACCUGGUGGUAUGAAUGCUUACAGAGUUCCACCUAACACUCAACAACCGGGUAUGCAACAAGCGACAGCCCAACAAGGGCCACCAACUUCUACGCCAAAUCAACCGAACCAGAGACCCGGUCCACAAUCAAAUCAACAACCACCUCCUCAACAGCAACAACCACAACAGCAGCAGCAGCAACCGCCACAACCUUACAGAGGUGCUUAUCAACAACAUGGUUAUCCAGGAUACCCGCCUCCGCCUCAAUCACAACCUUAUCAACAAGGUUAUCCAAACCCUUAUGGACAAAGUCAAGGUUAUCCUCCAAAUACUCAAAGUUAUCAUCAUGCCGGGAUGCCGCCUACAUCAGGGGCACCACCAGGUCCCCCAGGACACCCAUAUCCCCAACCACCUCCUGGGGCAUAUCCUCCACCGCCUAAUCAACAACAGCAACAGCAAUCGCAAGGGCCACCCCCACCAUCUCAAAUGUAUGGACCAGGUGGACAAGCACCACCCCCAGGUCAAUAUCCUCCUCCGCCUCAGAGUGCCGGAGGUACUCCACCUUCCAAUAUGGGCUAUGGCUAUUCUCAUGGUCAAACUGGACCGUAUGGCCAACCAAGUCAACCAUAUGGACAACCAAAUCAGCAACCUCCAGUUCAACCAGGAACAUAUCCGCCUCCACCAUCACAGGGAUAUCAGGGGUAUGGCGGUCCACCACCGCCUCAACAACAAUCGCAACAACAGCAGCAGCCCAUGGGUGCAGUUCCUACGGUUUCUAGUGCGCCUCCAGUUGGUACGAAUACAACAACGGGUAGUAAUUAUAGUUCUUCUCCAUCGCCGGGUCAGACACCGCCACCUAAUCAACAACAAGCUCAACAGCAGCAAGGCUCUAACUCUGCUCCUAACACAACAAUUUCGCAAUCUCAGCAGCCACCAGUAUCUCAAGCGCCUAAUUCUCAUCAACCCCCUCCACAUUCUACAGCACAACAGCAACAUCCGUCAAGCCAUCAACCUCCUCCAAAUCAACAACAGCAGCAGCAGCCUCCACCACCAACUUCGCAGCCUUAUGGCCCUCCCCAAACGGUUCCACAAAAUCAACCGCCACCAAAUCAACAAGUUCCAUAUACAUCUCCUCCAGUUUCUUCGGGCCCUACUGGACCGCCGGGUCCACCAGGACCUCCACAAGCGGGAGGUUAUCAACAACCUCAAGCGCCUACAGGUCCACCAGGUUCAACUUCUAAUGGUGCUCAAUAUCAACCUCCUCCUCCUGGAGGUUCUCAGUAUGGUGCACCACCGACAUCAAGUCAACCCUAUGCUCCUGGUGGAUAUCAUGGUUAUCAUCAACAAUAUCCUAUGCCUCCUCAGCAAGGUCCAUAUCCUCCUGCUCAAAGUUACCAAGGUUACAGGCCGCCUCCUAGUGGGCCCCCCCAAGUUCCACCACCUGGUUCUUACUCGUAUGGAUAUCAACCCCCUCAAUAAAAAAAAAAAAGAACAGGCGCGUCAUUUAUGUAUUAAUAAAAUUUUUUUUUAUUUGUGUUAUUGAGAUUUCUAGCUGUGCACUAUUCCGUUAAAACUUUCGGGGCUUUAGAUUAGGUAUUAAAGAUUCACAAUUCUUAUAUAACACAUACGAGUAAUAUUUAAAAAAGAGAACAUUAAGUUAUUUUUUUUUUUUUUUUGAACAAAAAACAUUCAAUUUUUCAUAAUGAAAAAAUAUUUGUAUUUUUUCUGAAUUGCUCUUUUUUGAUUACUUUUUUAUUUAAAGCAGCUUUAAGAAUUUUUAUAUGAUCCAAGCUUUCGUUAUAACAUAAAAAUUAGAGCUUGAAAUUCGAAAUAAGAAAAAAUGUUCCUAAAUUUUAAAUUGGAAAUAUAGUUGAGAAUUUGGUUAGUGAAUAGAUUUUGUGAUGAAAUGAAAAUCUUAUAGUUGCAAAUUUUUAUAAAACAAAUCUUAUGUUCUUGCCUCUUUAAAUUUGCUAACUUUUAUUUGUUUCUAUGAAUAUUGAAAAAAAUUAUACAUAGCCCAAAUACAUACAUAAUUUCCUAGAUUAAUUUUAAAAAUUAAUGAAAAAUAACAUUAAAAACAAUUUAUUUUUGGUAUAUUAGUGAAAAUGUGAAUCGCAGGAUAUUAAGUGAAGUUUCUAACGAACGAAAAUCUUUAAAUUGGACGAAAAGAUUUUAUAUAACAAUAAUGUAACAAAAUUAUUAUGAAUUAAGAGCUUAUUAAUAUAUUCAAAAUAACACGAAAAAUAGUUACAAUAUAUGUUUUGUAAUUGAUUAAAUAAAAUUAAAAUAAAAAAAAAGUAUUUUAAAAUUUGUAUAAAGUUUUCCGAAAUUACUAAAUUAAUAUUAUCAACAUAAUUUUAUUAUUUUUAAGCAAAAAUUUAAUACAUGAAUACUAUUAUGUUCAAUAAUU